UACAAUACAAGUGUCACUGCAUUUAUCGUAAAAAUCCGACCAUCUGUUCGUCGAGGUCACAUGCAGAUAUAAAUCCAAUAUAAAAAGGGAAUAGAAAUUAUUGUCUUCACUUCUGGUUUUAUUUUCGAUCCGGCUCGUAUUAAUCAUCAAGCAUGCUACCAUUAGCGCUUUUUUUGUUCAUCGGUGUUCUUGCGGAACAGACGUUCGCCGAUGAACCUGAAGCAAUUGUGGGUGGUACACCUGCCGGAUUAGGCGAAUUCCCACAUCAAGUUUCCUUGCAAUCUUCUCCUUAUUAUUCUUCUCAUUUCUGUGGCGGCUCCAUCAUCGCUCCCAACAAGGUUUUGACCGCUGCUCAUUGCGUGGAAUCCGGAAGCACUUUUUAUGUUCGCACCGGAUCUGUUGAUCAUGCUAAAGGAGAACUCCACUAUGUGAAACAAGUUUAUAUCCAUCCGAAUUAUAGCGGCAAACAGAAAGAUGCGUGGCGAUGUGACGCCGCAGUAGUCGUCCUUACAAAGGCAAUUCAAUACAAUUCAUAUCAACGUCCCAUCCCUUUGGCCGAUUCCCCGCCCGCCACUGGGACAGUAUGUACUUUGUCCGGAUGGGGUAAGACAAGCACAAAUGGAGCAGUCUCGCCAAAUCUUCUGAAGAUGCAACAGGCCGUGAUCUCACAGGCGCAAUGCCAGCAGAGACAUUGGGGUAUGCCUUUGGAUUCCAGCCACUUGUGUACCCUCAACCGUCAAGGAAUUGGUGCUUGCCAGGGUGACAGUGGCGGUCCUCUUAUUUGUAACGGCAAACAAUAUGGUAUUACUUCUUGGGUUGUUCCUUGUGCUGUUGGUGAACCAGAUUGCUACGCCAAUGUCGGCGCACCAAUUGUACGCAGUUUCAUUCAAUCAAUACCAUAGAUCAAUACCAGAUAUACAUCUUGACAUAGAAAACAUAAACUUAUUUGAUUAAUCAUUAAGUUCAUGUCCAUGCACCGAAAGAAUAUGCUAUUGCGAUGUCGAAGUGCACGCAAUUGCAUUAUUUGCACCC